AUGCUUAACACCGCCCAGACAAGCGAAUCACCACUUCAGAUCGAAGUCACAUCCCCGGUUAUAUGCGGUACCGGUUCAAAACGAUACGUUGAUUAUACUGUGAAGCUUACAACGACGUUGCCAGUCUUUCAGCAAACAGAGUCAACUGUUCAUCGUCGCUAUUCUGAUUUCGAGUGGUUACACAAAGAAUUGGAACGUGCCGAUACAAAAAUAGCUGUUCCACCGUUACCUGAUAAGGCUUGGCAAAGACAGUUGCCCUUUCGCAAAGAUAAUGGUUUGUUUCAAGAUGAUUUUAUCGAAGAAAGACGACGCGGGUUGGAAAUAUUUAUCAACAAAAUAGCUGCGCAUCCAUUGGCACAAAUUGAACGUGCGUUACAUGUGUUUUUAUUCGAACCUGAAAUUGAUUUGACAAAAUACGUUCGAGGCAAAGUGAACAAAUAA